AGCAGGUUAGGUUGCGCUGGGUUCUGUGUUCGUUUGUGCGAGUGGGGGAGUGAGGAGACGGUGGAGAGUCCCUCUUUCUCUCCCUCGUUCUUUCUGGUGUGAGCGCCUGUCAUGGAGGAGCUGCGUUGGGAACGGGGCGCGGCGGCGGCGGCGGCAGCGGCUUAAUCGAGAGGCGGCGCGCUGGCAGCUCUGAGGAGAGGGAGCCGGCAGUGAAGGUUGUUGGCAUAGCAUAUGGUUUUGAGAGAUCAAUGCUAAAUCUUCAUGCCGUACACAGAGGUAACACAGAUCUUUCAAGGAGUGUAUGCAGGGGCAAUCUCCAGCUCUAUAGUUCCAGCAAUUUCAUCGUCUGUGAUUCUGAAGAACAAGUAAGGUUAAGAGAGGAAGAGAAUAAAUGGAUCUUAAGACGGCAGUAUUCAAUGCAGCUCGUGAUGGCAAGCUGCGGCUCCUCACCAAGUUGCUGGCAAAUAAAACAAAAGAAGAGGUAGCCUUGCUCAUGUCAGAAAAAACCAAUGGUGCCACACCCCUUCUAAUGGCAGCCCGUUAUGGGCACCUUGACAUGGUGGAAUAUCUGUUGGAGCAUUGCAGUGCUUCUAUAGAAAUUGGUGGUUCAGUGAAUUUUGAUGGCGAGACUAUUGAGGGUGCUCCACCGUUAUGGGCAGCAUCGGCAGCUGGUCAUUUGAAGGUGGUCCAGUCUUUAUUAAAUCAUGGCGCAUCUGUCAACAAUACCACUCUGACAAACUCAACACCUCUUAGAGCUGCCUGCUUUGAUGGCCACCUGGAAAUUGUAAAGUACCUUGUGGAGCACAAAGCUGACUUGGAAGUAUCAAAUCGUCAUGGGCACACGUGCCUUAUGAUAUCUUGUUACAAAGGGCACAAAGAAAUUGCUCAGUAUUUGCUUGAGAAAGGGGCUGAUGUAAACAGAAAAAGUGUCAAAGGAAAUACAGCAUUGCAUGACUGUGCAGAAUCUGGUAGCUUGGAAAUCAUGAAGAUGCUUCUCAAGUAUUGUGCGAAGAUGGAAAAAGAUGGCUAUGGAAUGACUCCACUUCUUUCAGCUAGUGUUACAGGCCACACAAACAUAGUUGACUUUUUGACCCAGCAUGUUGAGACAAGUAAAGUGGAACGUAUCAAUGCACUGGAACUUCUAGGAGCCACAUUUGUGGACAAAAAGAGAGAUUUGCUUGGUGCUUUGAAAUACUGGAAAAGAGCUAUGGAUAUGAGGUACAGUGAUAGGACUAAUAUCCUAAGCAAACCUGUACCUCAAACUUUAAUAAUGGCUUAUGAUUAUGCCAAGGAGGUGAACAGUGCUGAAGAGUUGGAAAACCUUAUUGCAGACCCUGAUGAGAUGAGAAUGCAGGCAUUGUUAAUUAGAGAACGUAUUCUUGGCCCUUCUCACCCAGAUACAUCCUACUAUAUUCGGUACAGAGGAGCUGUCUAUGCAGAUUCUGGCAACUUCAAACGAUGCAUCAACUUGUGGAAGUAUGCUUUAGACAUGCAGCAGAGCAAUUUGGAUCCACUGAGUCCCAUGACUGCAAGCAGUCUUCUUUCAUUUGCUGAACUUUUCUCCUUCAUGUUACAGGACAGGGCAAAAGGCCUACUGGGCACAACUGUUACAUUUGAUGACCUUAUGGGUAUACUGUGCAAAAGUGUCCUCGAAAUAGAGCGUGCCAUCAAACAAACUCAGUGUCCACCUGACCAAAUACAGCUCAACAAAGCCCUUUCCAUUAUUUUGCAUCUAAUUUGCUUGCUCGAAAAAGUUCCUUGUAGUCCUGAACAGGAUCAUUUUAAGAAACAGACUAUAUAUAAAUUUAUUAAGCUACAUCCUAGAGGAAAAAAUAACUUUAGCCCACUCCACCUUGCUGUUGACAAGAAUACCACAUGUGUGGGACGCUACCCAGUUUGUAAAUUUCCCUCAUUGCAAGUCACUGCUAUACUAGUGGAAUGUGGUGCUGAUGUAAAUGCUAGAGAUUCUGAUGACAACAGUCCUUUACACAUAUCUGCACUGAAUAACCAUCCUGACAUCAUGAAUCUUCUUAUCAAGUCAGGUUCACAUUUUGAUGCCACAAACUUGCAUAAACAAACUGCUAUUGAUUUGCUGGAUGAGAAGGAAAUGGCAAAGAACUUGAUCCAACCUAUCAAUCAUACUACACUGCAGUGUCUUGCUGCCCGUGUCAUUGUAAAUCAUUGCAUAGGUUACCAAGGGCACAUCCCAGAAAAGCUUGAGAACUUUGUUUUGCUCCAUAGAUGAUAGUCUGACAUAGGCCCUUGGUACCAUGGGAGCAUGAGUUAAUGACACCAAUUGUUGCUUUCUCAAGCACUGUUGUGAUAUGCCAGCGAUACACCAUUCAUUAAGCUUGGUUCAUCCUGCUCAUUGGCUAAGGCAUUACUAGAAUCAAAUCGGCAGAACUGGUUACUCAGUAUUUAAAACAAACAUACCUUAUAAUAUAAUUUGUGGAUUAUUUAGAAAUGUAAUACUGUUUGAACUCACUAAAAUUGUCUGCCAAAGGCUUGUCUAUUCUGGUUUAGUUUGCCUAUUGGUCGUUUGGGACUGAGUUGAAUAAUUUUUGUGGUGUUGUCUUACUCUUAUUGGUGUGGAUUUUAUAUAGUUGGAAAGUCAUCUGUUUUGUUCUUGCUUGAGCAUUUCUACUCUUCUUUUUCGAAUGGGUUCAUUGCUGAACUGUAAAAGUUGUAUGGACUUGUUAACAGUUGCAAUUACCAUAAGUGCUUUUAUCCUCUCUAUGCACUGGCUUGAACAUGACUGUUGUGUGUUGGCAUAUUUCUAUGCAGCAGUUGGCCAUUUUCAGCUCUGACCUGUUCCUUGCAAUUUCUUAGAGCUUUGAAAAUACCCCCUUUACAGCAUGACAAUUUUUGAAGAUAUCAGUCAGCUGUCAGAACUCUCACUUUUCACCCCUAGCUGUUUCUAUAGUUGCUUUCUAUUGAUUUUUCUAAAGCUAUGUGCUGAAUUUGGGAGUAAAAUGUGUUCUUGUUGGCAAACCCACUUUAAAUUAAGUCUGAAAGUCUUUUUACUGUGUUUUGCAGUAAAGAAAUUGCCAUCUUUGACUCUGCAUUAAUGUCUUGCUUGAGCUGAUUGUGUGACCAGGCAUAGAAAGUUUCUUCAAAUUUAACCUGAAACUUAAUCAUACAGUUCAGUGAGAACUAGAUCAAACAUAGUCUGAAAUUACAACUCUACAUUUUUAGCUACAAAAUGAAACUAAAGCAUGUUGGCAUGAUGCUUGUCAGUCCAGACCUAGCCAUCUACUAGUAUAACUAUAUGGUUGUAAUCAGUAGUCUUCUGCAGGGGUUUUGGAAGUUCAAAAGUAGUAUCCCCUUCAUUUUAAAAUAACUCUUAUGAGUAAUUUGCAUGCAUUUUAUUCUCUAAUACCUUUCAGCCAUGUUAACGGAAGCAUCAGAGGCCAUGUUGAGGCUGUAUACACCACUGAAAGCUAUCUAUUUUUAUAAUACUUGCACAACAGCUUAGCUAUUGCAACAGAAAGGGCUUUUUAGACUUGAUAAGGAAACCAUAAGUGAAGACUACAAAUGAGAUUAAGAUUCAGGUAAUUAACAUAAUUCAGCACUUUAUUGUUGAUUCAUAAUGAAACUUAUUAUGGCAUAUUAGACCUGCAAAUGUCUUAAAAUAAAAUGGUUCUCAAGAAAAAAGCUGAUUUUUUUUUCCUUGAGUGGAGUACAGUGUACAUAACAAUUUUACAGCCUUGCAUUUGGUGUGGUUUGCUGUGACUAUUGUGAUUGAUGAUCGUACCUAAUACUUUUUCAGUGCAGAAACACAACACACAGAUUACUAUGAACUUGUGAUAGCUGAUAGUGAAGAAUUUCACAGUCAGAUCAGUCCAUCAAGGCUCACUUGAACUGUAAUUUUUUUUAAAAAAUUAGAUCAAUAUUGCCUUCAAUGGAUGGUUUCAAUUUUGUAUGCAAUUCUUCAUAGUUCACACAACCGAAUAGUUACAUGUUGGCUUGUUUCACUGUUGUCUUACUUAUUGUCUUUGUGGUUGACACAAAUGGAAGUGGAUUCAUCACCCUGCGAAAGGGAUAAGAAACUUUUUGAAAGAGUCAACCAAAAAUCCAGGUGCACUGUUAUUUGUUGUAUUACUUUCAACUUUGGCAAGUAAGAUAUAAAAGCUUACUUUGUGCAUUUGUGGAUCAGUUUUAUGAAAAGCAAAGUGUGUGGGUUCUUCACUAGUGUGCAACAAAACAGUUAUUUUAGCUGAUUAAUUCUACACUCGUAACACAUUACUAUUUAAGAGUUAAAAUCCAUGCAAUUUGACAAAAAGUUCUCAUUCUUUUCCAUUAAUUACCUGUCCAUUGCAGAAAUUAUAUUUUUAUAUUGGAGAGCCAAAACACAACCUGUUUGAGGCCAAAUAUAGGAAACAAGAGGAACAGUGACAUAGUAGAACAUUAUGCGCUCUCAAAUUGUAUUAUUUUAUUCCUGUAACAGUAGCAAUAAGCAUUUGUGAUGGGGAUACUUUUAUGGCUCUUUGAUUUCAUAUAGUUUGGAAAUAUGUGCUUUUGAUGGUCAGAAUUGUGUUUUGUACAGUUUUUAAGUAACAGUGAAUAGUGGAUAAAAGUUCUUUUAUAUUUCCUUUUUCACCUUGAUAUCACCACCACCAACACCGCUACAGUUUCCUGUCAUACUUCAGUUUCAGGUCUUGAAGCUGCUUUACAGACUUCACAUAUUUUCAGACCCAUGCAAAGUUCUUUGAGGAGGAGCCACUUUCACCAUUGGAUAUAUUUCAAAAGUAGGAUACAGUCUAGUUUCAAGGGUAAGUUGGAGUGUACCCAGCAGCUCCCUCUGUAUGCCAAAAAGUGGCUUCCCAAUAGCUUUUAUCCACAGUUUGGAACUGAGUUGAGAGAUUAUUGCUGUCCCUUUACUUCUGGAUGCUAUUACUUAGUAGAAUGUGUUUGUAAGGAAUUGCAGUCACAUGGUUAGCUGUAUGCAUUGUGCUCAUGUUGAGGACUUUUUAGAAUAUUUUUGACUGAUCCCUUCCACUUCUUCCUUCAUCAUAUUUUCCCUAAAUCAUCUUAUUAAACUUGGAAUAUUUAAUUUGAGAACAAUGCAUAUAUUUGGAGAAAUGCAGAAAUGUGUGGGUAUCAGACUUAGGUUUCAGGAUGAACCUUAGCAUAAUUCAUCGCUUUAUUUUUCCCAUUUGUUUAUGAAUUUUUGCUUCUAUUGGCAGUAGCACAACAGCAUCUUUGUUUCAUUAGCUCAGCUCCCCUGCUAGUGAGUGCUUUAAAUAGUACCCUCUUUGAAUGUUACACCGAGCAAUUAAAAAGGGAAACAGGACCAUAAAUGCAAUCUUAUUUAGCAUUAGCUAAACAUAUUUUACAAUGUCAGUGUGGAUUUAUUUUACAUCUUUUUUCAGUGAAACACCUGAAAUGGGUCUUGCAUUAUUUGCUGAUAAAGACGUUGAAGUGGCUAAUCUUCCUUUAGCAGAAUCAACUGGUCAGUGACUCUGGCAAACUGUAUGAUA